CCCACAGGCGCACAUUAUACCAAGUUUAAGUUAAAACAAACCAAGGGCUUGGCACACAGCUGUGCUCUUUCUGUGUCUUGUCUCUCACCAAAAGUGCGGGAGCCAGAGAUGGCGAAGUCCAAGAAAAAAGAUGUCGACUUGCCGCCACCGGACCACCUCCGCUGCAACCGCAACGACGGCAAAGGGUGGCGCUGCCGGGAUUACAAACUUGAGGGCCAUAACCUCUGUCAAUACCACCACGACAGCGCAAUUUCUCGGUCCCAAAAAUCCAAGCCUGACCGCAAACCCAAAACCAAACCCCAACCCAAACCCAAACCCAAAACCGAAGCCGAACCCAAACCCCAAAUGGAACCGGAAUCCAAACCCGACGCCAAGCUUAAAAUUUCCAGAAGCAAGAGAGCCCCAGGACGGAGUGGUGCGAAAAGCAGUGACGCCACUCUCCGCAGCGACGCCGCUCGAGGCAGCGAGGUCGGUCAAGGCAGAGAGGUCGCCCGAGGUGGCGACGGCGGUCGCCGCUACCCCAGUCGCGGCAAAUUGCUGAGAAGGCUUCUAGAUUCGGAUACAGAUCAGGAAUGGAGAGGAAACGGCUCCAAUGCGAAGAAGAGAAAUGCACAGGAAGAUGAGUGUCGGUGUUGUCACCAGUGCCAGAAGAGUGACAGGGAGGUGGUGCGGUGCCGGAAGUGUCAAAGAAAGCGGUUUUGUCACCCUUGCAUCGAAAGAUGGUACCCCCGUGUAUCGAAGGAAGCAAUUGCAGAGGCUUGCCCAUUUUGCAGUGGGAAUUGCAAUUGCAAAGCUUGUUUGGAUAGGGACACUAAGACUUUGGAACCAGAGAUGAGUAAGGAUGAUAAGAUAAAACACUCCAAGUAUCUGGUGAAAGUGCUUCUUCCAUUUCUGGAACAAUUUGAUCAUGAACAAGAGAUGGAAAGAGAAAUUGAGGCUAAGAUUCAAGGGCUAUCUCCACCAGAGAUACAGGUGCAACAGGCAGUUCUUCGUGAAGAUGAGCGUGUAUACUGCAACAACUGCAGAACCUCUAUAGUUGAUUUCCAUAGGAACUGCCCAAAUUGUUCAUAUGAUCUCUGCCUCACUUGUUGCCGGGAAAUUCGUAAUGGAUCAUUGCAAGGUGGUAUCGAUGAAAUUGUCAUGCAAUAUUUUGACAGGGGGAAGGCUUACUUGCAUGGAGGAAAACCUCACAUGCCUUCAGUUCAGAAAGGAGAGUCAAAUUUUUGUGUUAGUUCCAGCAGUAAAGAUCCUGGAAGUACAAUAUGUGAAUGGAAAGUGAAAGAAAAUGGUGACAUCCCUUGCGCACCAAAGGAAAUGGGUGGCUGUGGACAUGGCCGUUUAGACCUUAAGUGUAUGUUUUCUGAAACUUGGGUUUCAGAACUAAAGGAGAAAGCAGAAGGGUUAGUCAAAACCCACAAACUCACUGAUGUGCUGGGAAUUCCUGCAUGUAGCUGCUCUUGUUUUAAAUUGAAUAGCGAGAUUGAUUUUGAUAACAAGAAGUUGCGGAAAGCUGCUGCUAGAGAAGAUUCCUUUGAUAACUAUCUGUACUGUCCAUCAGAAAGUGACAUCCUUCAAGGGGAUCUGGUUCACUUCCAGAGUCAUUGGAUGAAGGGGGAGCCAGUUAUUGUGAGUGAUGUUCUUGAAUUCACAUCUGGUUUGAGCUGGGAGCCCAUGGUUAUGUGGCGUGCAUUUCGUAAAGUAAGUUACACCAAAUCCUCGCAGUUGGCAGAGAAGGCAAUUGAUUGCCUUGAUUGGUGUGAGGUUGAGAUAAAUAUUCACCAAUUUUUCAAAGGUUACUCUGAGGGCCGUGCACAUAGGAACUUGUGGCCUGAGAUGCUCAAACUCAAAGAUUGGCCCCCAUCUAAUUUGUUUCAGGAGCGGCUACCACGCCAUGGUGCAGAGUUUAUAAGUUCUUUGCCCUAUUUGGAAUACACACAUCCUCGCUCAGGCCUUCUUAAUCUUGCUGCAAAGUUGCCACAAAAGUCUCUGAAGCCUGACUUGGGGCCUAAAACAUAUAUAGCAUAUGGCGUUGUUGAAGAGCUUGGCCGUGGAGAUUCUGUAACCAAGCUUCAUUGUGACAUGUCUGAUGCGGUAAAUGUUUUGAUGCAUACUGCGGAAGUAACCCUUUCAUCUCAGCAGCUUGCUGUGAUAGAGAAAUUGAAAAAGUGUCAUGCUGCCCAAGACCAAAAAGAGCUUUUUGCUGCUAUUCACACAGAAGUUGAGGAGAAGCACCAGCCAGAAUGUGUAGGGAAGUCUGAGUUGGAGCCAGCCAACAAUAAGUUACAUGAUGAAGAGCCAUCCUCAUCGCACAUUUUAACUCUGGAAAAUGGUGGGGCUUGUACAAAGCCUGCAAUUCGCAAACCAUCCUUUGAUGGCACCGAUGAGCAAAAUGAUAGUGCUGUUGCCUUUGAAGUCAAGGCACAUGCUAAUCAUUUAGAUGUAGGAGGAGAUCAGAAAGUUUCAAUUGAAAACAAUCCCAUUAAUGGGGAAAGGCUUGACAGUGCAGGGACUGUAACUAAUGAAGAAUCUGCUACCAUGCUUCCUGUUGAGAAGCUUUCUGUAAGUAGCCUGAAAGUGGAGGAAGAAGGCAUGGAAUUUGAUGUCAAAUCUGAUAGGGACAUGUUAGAUAUUGAAUUUCAGAAAGAAGAAGGUUAUUCUGACGUGGUUACUAAAUGUGGAAAUUAUAGAGGCAAAGAUGCUGUUUCUUCUGAUAUGAGAAGUAGAAAAAAUGAAGUAAAAAAUGCCAUUUCGAGCAAAAUAAAUGAAGCUUCUUGUUUGCCAUCAAAAGGAAAAAUUGGCAUUGAUGUGAUGGAUGAAACUAGAGAGGAGGUAGAUGUGAGAGGGAGGCAUAGAGGUAGAAAGAGGAAGCGAAAGACAAAACAUUUUGCUUCAGUUGCCCAGUCAAAAAAAUUAACAAAACAGAUUACUAGCACCACAGAGUCUGAGAAUGGAAGGGGAGCCAAAGUGGAAAAAAGUGAAAGACAAGACGAGGUUGAUGCUGUUUUCUCUGAUAUACAUUCUUCAACAAAUGAAGUGCUCCAGCAAGGUGAGUUUUCUGAUGAUCAUAUGGCUUCUGGAAAUAAGUUGGUUGGAUUUGACAAAGAAGGGGGAGGUGCUGUUUGGGACAUUUUCCGGAGACAGGAUGUUCCCAAGCUCCAGGAGUAUCUCAGAAAACAUCACAGGGAAUUCAGGCAUACCCACUGCUCUCCAGUUGAGCAGGUUGUUCACCCUAUUCAUGAUCAAACUUUCUACCUGACUUUGCAUCACAAAAGAAAGCUGAAGGAGGAGUUCGGAGUUGAACCUUGGACAUUUGUACAAAAACUUGGAGAGGCAGUCUUUAUACCUGCUGGAUGUCCUCAUCAAGUUAGGAAUCUUAAGUCAUGCAUAAAGGUUGCUCUUGAUUUUGUCUCACCUGAAAAUAUUCAUGAGUGCGUGCGUUUGACUGAGGAAUUUCGUGCUCUUCCGCAUAACCACAGAGCUAAGGAGGACAAAUUAGAGGUAAAGAAAAUGUCUCUUCAUGCGCUAAGACAAGCUGUUGAUAAUUUGGAGCAGUUAACAGGGGAUGAAGCUGCAGUUCCAUCACCACCAGAAACUACAGAGCCACCUACAGAUUCUCAUCAAUCAUCUGAAUGAAAAACAUCUUCCUUGGCUUCGUCUUCUUCACAUUCAAUCUGAAUCUCGGACAUCAGCUCAGGACUAGGGAAGCGCAUCUCUAUCAGAUCAGAACACCGGAAACUUUAACCUGUUCAACAACUCUUUUAACUCAAAAUUAACCAUGGUAUCCAAGGACUAAUGCUUUCAACUAGUUGCUGUAUAAAUUAGUUUGCUAGAUCAUGUAUAUGCUGUUUUCUACACUUCAAUUUUGUUGAAUUUGAGCUGCUCCUAUGUGAAGGCAUCUCUAUAGCAGUCUCUCUUUUUGGGUUUUGGGAGCUCCGAAUGUUCUGUAAUACUCUUAGUACUCUCUGAACUUGAGAGGGAUGCAUGAAUGUAAAUAUUUUUGACUCAA